AGAUACAGAAAACAAGGGAGAAAAAUGGGUUCUGUGAGAUUAGUACGACUCGCACCUUCCUACUUCAAUGGCUUCUUACGGGGUUUCCAGCGCAACCCAACGCUCAGCAUUCGUUGUUUAUCCAGCAACAUGUCUCCGCCGGCCAAGGGCGUUGUCUACGAACAGCAAGGCCCGCCGGACCAAGUCACCAGGGUAAUUGAUCUUCCCCCAGUUGAAAUCAGAGAAAAUGAUGUAUGUGUCAAAAUGCUUGCAGCUCCAAUCAACCCGUCAGAUAUCAAUAGGAUAGAAGGUGUCUAUCCUGUGAGGCCUCCAGUGCCUGCAAUUGGGGGAUACGAGGGGGUUGGAGAAGUACAAUCUUUGGGAUCUGCUGUGAGGGAUCUCUCUCCUGGUGAUUGGGUUAUCCCAUCUCCUCUUUCUUUUGGGACAUGGCAGACUUACAUUGUAAAAGAGGAAAGUGCCUGGCACAAAAUUAAUAAAGACAUCCCUGUGGAGUAUGCUGCUACAAUUACUGUAAAUCCUUUGACAGCAUUACUUAUGCUGGAAGACUUCAAUAAGCUGAACUCGGGAGAUGCUAUUGUGCAAAAUGGGGCUACAAGCAUUGUAGGGCAGUGUAUGAUUCAGCUUGCACGAGCCCGGGGCAUCCAUAGCAUUAAUAUUAUAAGAGACAGGGUUGGGUCGGAAGAAGUUAAAGAAAGACUUAAGAAACUAGGUGCUGAUGAAGUGUAUACUGAGAGCCAGUUGGAAGUAAAGAAUGUCAAGAGUUUCCUGGAUGGUCUACCUGAACCUGCCUUGGGAUUCAACUGUGUCGGUGGCAAUUCUGCUACUUUAGUCCUCAAAUUCUUAAGGCAGGGAGGAACUAUGGUGACAUAUGGUGGAAUGUCUAAGAAACCUGUCACAGUAUCAACUUCAUCUUUCAUUUUUAAGGACCUUGCCUUGCGUGGAUUCUGGUUACAGAAGUGGACGACUUCAGAGAGAGCAAAAGAAUCCAGGCCUAUGAUAGAUUACCUUCUGGACCUUGUGCGCAGGGGAGAGUUGAAAUAUGAGAUGGAGCUCGUGCCUUUUGAUGAUUUCCAUGUGGCACUUGAUAAGGCACUCGGGAAACUAGGGAGCCAUCCGAAACAAGUUCUUAAAUUUUGAAUUUGGGUGUCAUUGUAAGGAAUCGUGUUUAUCUUCAUGUUUAAUAUCUUCAUUACUUAAAUAAUACUCAAGAAUUUUGUAUUGAUGAAGAUAAAUUUUCUUCAAAUAAUUAGUACUCUGGUUGUGAUUCUGUAAGGGACUUGGGAACAACCACACUGCUCCUC